AUGGUAUUUUUUCUUCUUAUACUGUACAGAUGUUUUCCUUCUUUAUUUGUUUUCCUGGUCUCUUCCUCUCCCGUCAUUGUCUGCACUGCCGUUCUUCUUGGAACUAUUCUCGUUUAUGGUGAACCAAACAUACCUGAAGUCGAAGAGAAGGAUAGGAAGGCUCCGAGACUUAGUCCUCAUAAGGUUGGGGCUGUAGCCAAUGUGGAAGGUAGAAGAGAAACUAGGGAAAAGGCAGUGGCACAGAAUGAGAGAUAUGGCAGGGGGGAUGGUUCUAUGGCUGAAACCUCUUUGGUUGAUGAAGACAAGAAAGUGAAUUAUGGGAAGAAGGUGAGUGAAGUUACGAAAAUUCAUGGUCAUGGGAUUGCUAAGAAGAAAGAAUCUUAUUCAGAAAAGCUAGCUGCAAGUGGACCAAAAGCAGGUGAGGAUAUUGGCGGUGCAAGCACCUUGAAUCAAAAGAAAGCCAAGGAUCCUAAGAAGGGAGUUGAUAAGCCUACUUCAGACAAUGGCCUUGAUUCAUCUUUGGGUUCACCUUGGCAUGAUGUUGAUCAUCAGAAUGCUUCUUCAUGUUCUGAAUCAGACAAAGCAGAAAGUUCAUCUCCUGAUGCUGCUUCCAUGUCUGACAUUAUGCCAAUGCUUGAUGAGCUUCACCCGCUUUUAUUAGACUCAGAAGCUCCUCAGCCUGUUCUUCUAUCCAAAUACAAAUCAGAUGCUGCCUCUGUGGGGUUAUCAGAUGAUGGUAGUGCAGAGGAAGAAGCUGAAAACCAGGAUGAUGAAGAUGAUGAAGAAGGACAGGAAAAAGAUGAUGAAACUAAAACUAUGGUAACUUGGACAGCAGAUGAUCAGAAGAAUCUCGUGGAACUCAGAAAAUCUGAACUAGAAAGGAAUAGGAGGUUGGAGAAUGUAAUUGCAAAGCGAAGAGCAAGAAAAUUAAUGGAGAAAAAUUUAAUAGACUUGGAUAGUAAUGACUCAUUGCCAAGCAUAGAAGAGCUGUCUCGCUUUCAGGUUCAGAUUCCACCUGUUUUUGCUCCAAGAAGGAAUCCCUUCGAUCUUCCUUAUGAUGCAGAUGAAAUUCCUGGUUCGGCUCCUUCUAGACUGCUGCCGAGGCAAAAUCCUUUGGAUCUUCCUUAUGAACAACCGGAUGAAACGGCGAGUUCCAUGGUGGAGAAUUUGAGCCAGCAAGAGUUUGUGACAAAUCCACAGCAAGAUAUGUUAUUUAGAAGGCAUGAGAGCUUCACUUCAGGAGCAUUAUUUCUUGGGGAUCUUACACAAGAGAGACGCACCUUUAGGUUCAAGCCCUAUUUUGUUGCAGAGACGACUGAUACAGAGGAGACUGGAUUUGCUGAUCAGAGAGAAUCAAGUGUGGAGAGUGACUCGAAAGCAAGUUCAAAAUCUGGUGCAAUAUCUUCAGCCACCAAGCAGGAAUCUCAUAAAGAGAUACCAGAACGAGAAUUGCAUGAACAGAGUGAUUCUAUUGCUUACCAUGAUGCUGAAUCUAGUGAGGCAGAAAGUCAAUCCUCUGAUGAAGCUGAUUCAGUGGAUGUCGCCCAAGUACUAAGCGGGGUUAGUCCAAGUGAUGAUCACGGCAUGGUCAUGGAAGAAGCUCAUCAAGCUGCUGAAGCAUUUGGAGAAGUUGGAGAGGAAACCAGUGAAGAGUUGGAACCAUAUGCCAUUGCUUCAGAUGCUGAAAAAGCUGAAAUAAUUGAUGUGAAGUAUGAGUCAGGCUCCUCCACUUCAUCAGAAGAGAAUGAGAAGAGUACCAAAGCAAGGUUUCAUGAACAAGCAGCUAGUAUGGAGAAAACAAGGGGCGAUUCCCCCACAGGUUCUGUUGACUCCAUCAAAUCAGUUACUGAAGAUUCUGAUAUUCAGAGUAGGGAAGCAGAGCGAGUUGAUGACAAUCAAGUUGCAGAGCCUGUUUAUGACUCUAGCCCAUCAGCAAUUGGAAAAACCCAAUCUAAUGUUUCAGCACUUGAUGAAGCUCUAUCUGGUGCAGGUAAAGAAGGUUCCAAUUCCCAUGACUCUUUGAUGUCUGAUAUGCAAGCAGAUGUCUCACUAGUGGGUUCUCCUCCAAGGACUGCGAGGAAUGCUUCCUUUGGAGAAAGCGCAGGAGAAGAGCUGGCAUUUUCUGGCCAAGUGUUUUGGGUUGCAUCAAGUUUAGCUUCUAUUGAGGAGAAUGAAUCAAGAUCAAGGGAGAUAUCUGAAAUCAGGGAGUGUGAUGUUAUCGGAGAUGAACUAUAUGGAGUCCAUGAUGACUUGGUUCACCCAAGUUUGCCCAUAUUGCCAAAGGUAUACCUUCACCACCUCUUUGCCUCUGGCAGGCUUGGCGGUGUGGCCUCCGCCGCUCCAGUCCACCUUCAUAUCAGCAACCAGAUCAACUUUCAUGGCUUUGUUGCCAAUGGAAUGCUCCUUGUGGGUUCUCCAGUGCUGCCUCUAGCAUGGAAGAAAAAGAAGCUUUGCUGGAAGGGUGGUGAUGGAGUAAAGGUCUCCAUUGCAUGA